ACCACUGCCAGAAGGGAGCUUCAGACACAGCGUACAGACAACCGGGUGAGGACCUGCAGCAAGAGGCUUGAAUUUAUUCACCAGACACACCAGCGACAAUGGCCCGCCUAUUCCCUAGAGCCCUGGCGCCUCUGGCCCUCCUGAUGGUGGUGCUGCUGGUACACGGGGAACUGCACGUGAAGCCGGGAGGACAGCACAGAGAAGAUGGGACAGCAUUGCAGGUGGCCAAAAGAAGGUACAAACGUGAGUGGGUGAAAUUUGCAAAACCCUGCAGAGAAAGAGAAGACAACUCAAGACGAAACCCAAUUGCCAAGAUCACUUCAGAUUUCCAAAAAACCCAGAAAAUUACCUACCGCAUUUCUGGAGUGGGGAUUGAUCAGCCUCCUUUUGGCAUCUUCGUUGUUGACCCAAACAAUGGUGAUAUCAACAUAACAGCCAUAGUUGAUCGUGAGGAAACCCCAAGCUUCCUGAUCACAUGCCGUGCACUAAAUGCCCUGGGACAGGAUGUAGAGAGACCACUUAUAUUAACAGUGAAAAUUUUAGAUGUCAAUGAUAAUCCUCCAGUGUUUUCACAAACCGUAUUCAGGGGUGAAAUUGAAGAAAACAGUGCUUCAAAUUCCCUGGUAAUGAUCCUAAAUGCCACGGAUGCAGAUGAGCCAAACCAUAUGAACUCUAAGAUUGCCUUCAAAAUUGUCUCCCAGGAGCCCGCAGGCAUGUCCAUGUUCCUCAUCAGCAGAAACACAGGAGAAGUCCGCACUUUGACCAGUUCUCUUGAUCGAGAGCAAAUUAGUAGCUACCAUCUGGUUGUGAGUGGUGCAGACAACGAUGGAACAGGACUGUCAACUCAGUGUGAAUGUAGUAUUAAAAUUAAAGAUGUCAACGACAACUUCCCAUUGCUCAGAGACUCUCAGUAUUCAGCACGAAUCGAGGAAAAUACUUUGAAUGCAGAGUUACUUCGAUUUCAAGUGACAGACUGGGAUGAAGAGUACACAGAUAAUUGGCUGGCUGUGUAUUUCUUCACCUCUGGGAAUGAGGGGAAUUGGUUUGAAAUUGAAACGGAUCCUAGAACCAAUGAAGGCAUCCUGAAGGUGGUUAAGGCUCUGGAUUAUGAACAAGUGCAAAAUAUGCAAUUUAGUAUUGCCGUCAGAAACAAAGCUGAGUUCCACCAGUCAGUGAUCUCUCAGUAUCGUGUGCAGCCGACGCCAGUCACAAUUCAAGUCAUUGAUGUCCGAGAGGGAAUUUCAUUCCGUCCUCCUUCUAGGACAUUUACUGUGCAAAGGGGUGUAAGCACUAACAAAUUAGUCGGUUACAUCCUGGGGACAUACCAAGCUACUGAUGAGGACACGGGUAAAGCUGCCUCCUCUGUCAGAUAUGUCCUGGGUCGUAAUGAUGGUGGUUUGCUUGUUAUUGAUUCAAAAACUGCUCAGAUCAAAUUUGUCAAAAACAUCGACCGAGAUUCUACUUUCAUAGUUAACAAGACAAUCUCUGCUGAGGUUCUGGCCAUAGACGAAAACACUGGUAAGACCUCCACAGGCACAGUAUAUGUGGAAGUGCCCAGUUUUAAUGAAAACUGUCCGUCAGUUGUCCUCGAGAAGAGAGACAUCUGUACUUCCUCACCUUCUGUGACCCUCUCAGUGAGAACCCUGGACAGGGGUAAAUACACUGGCCCUUACACAGUGUCCCUGGAGGAGCAGCCACUGAAGCUGCCAGUCAUGUGGACCAUCAAGACGCUGAAUGCUACCUCAGCACUUCUACAAGCCCAGCAGCAAGUGUCUCCAGGAGUGUACAAUGUCCCAGUCAUCGUGAAGGACAAUCAGGAUGGGCAGUGUGACACACCAGAGAGCUUGACCCUGACAGUGUGUCAGUGUGAUGACCGGAACAUGUGCAGAGCCCCUGUCCCGAGCAGAGAGCCUAUCACAUAUGAAGAGUCAUCCUGGAGGCUGGGGCCUGCUGCUAUUGGCUUGAUCCUGCUAGGACUCCUGAUGUUGCUAUUGGCCCCACUUCUGCUUCUGACCUGUGACUGUGGGUCAGGUCCCAUUGGAGGAGCAGCGACAGGUGGCUUUAUCCCAGUGCCCGAUGGUUCAGAAGGUACAAUUCAUCAGUGGGGAAUCGAAGGAGCUCAGCCAGAAGACAAGGAAAUCACAAAUAUUUGUGUUCCUCCAGUUACAACCAAUGGAGCAGAUUUUAUGGAAAGCUCUGAAGUUUGCACAAAUACAUAUGCUGGCGGGACUGUGGUAGAAGGUGCUUCAGGAAUGGAAAUGACUACCAAGCUGGGAGGAGCUACUGGAGCUGCAGGGGCACUUGGUCCCUGUUCCUUGGGUCAUUCAGGAACAAUGAGAACAAGGCAUUCCACUGGAGGGACCUUGAAGGACUAUGCUGCGCCAAUCAACAUGACUUUCCUAGGCUCCUAUUUCUCUCAGAAAUCACUCGCCUAUGCCGAGGAAGAGGAUGAGCGCGAAGUGAACGACUGUUUGCUGAUCUAUGAUGAUGAAGGCGGGGAUGCUGCCCCCCACUCCCCCAGCCUCAGCUCCUGCAGCUUUUUUGCUGAUGACCUAGACGACAACUUCUUGGACUCCCUUGGCCCCAAAUUUAAAAAGCUUGCAGAGAUCUGUCUCGGUAUUGAUGACGAAGCCAAGCAAGCAAAGCCAGGCCCUAAAGACAGUGGUUCGGGGGCUGACACCUGCGCUCGCUCUAUGGAAGUCCCUCAGGCAGGUUCUAACAGGUACCAGACUUUGCCUGGCAGUCUGGAAGUCACCCAAACGGGUUCUAAAAUAUGCCACACAUUGUCAGGCAACCAAGAAACUUCUGUUUUGUCCACUUCUGGGUCUGUCCACCCUGCUGUUGCCAUCCCUGACCCUCUACAGCUUGGUAACUACUUGCUCACAGAAACUUACUCAACUUCAGGUUCCUUUGUACAACCCACCACUGUCACCUUUGACCCACAUGUCACACAAAAUGUCACUGUAACAGAAAGGGUCAUUUGCCCCCUUCCUAGUGCCUCCAGCAGCAUAGUGGCUCCCACAGAACUGCGAGGCUCAUACAGUAUGCUCUAUACAAAAGAAACCUGUUCCCAUCUAUGACCAAAGCAAGCUGGAAAAACGUACCAGGCAAAUUUGGAUGUGUGUACCUACAUAUCUUUUUUAAAUCUAGCAAUGCUAGCACUGUUGAACUAAUUUGGCUCUUAAUGGAUAAUCUCUGAUCAUAAGUAUAAUUCAAAUUUUCUGAUUCAUAUAUGAAAGCUGGGUAUGUUGUCAUUUCUAAUUAUCUGACUUUUUUCAAGCAGAGUAAACCUGUAUAUAUAUUUUUUUAAUUUUCUAAGAUGUUAGACAGGGAUAUUUCCCAAGCAUCUUCACAUUUCUACAUUAUCAACACCAAAGGGAGAUGCUGCUGCCUUAAAAUGCAGUGUGGGUUAGUAGAUUGGCUGCCUUCUUGGAAUUCACAUUUCUGUCUCUACCACCCAUUCUAGGGUCAUUAAUAAGGACAUGAGAGUAUUAUUAAUAACAAUGGGAAUUUGAGGAGCUCAAUGUAGCUUACAGGGCAACUUGGAAUAAAGGCAUUAAAUGC